UACUUUUUUCUUCUACCAAAGCAAAAAUUUUCCUAUUUAUACCCCCCAUUUCACUUGUGAAACUUAUUCAUUAUCAAUUUCCUAUGAAAUAAUGGAUACCAAAGAAGCUCAAUCUCUGCCCGUUACUAGAGUUUUUGUAACACAAAAGAAUCAUUUUUCAUCAAUAUUAAGUAGAUUUCAUGCUGGUUUUUUUAGAAUAAGCCUAUCUUUAUGCAGCCAAGCAUUAUUAUGGAAAACAUUAAGUGAGCCAUCGGAUGAUAUUCAUAAGUUUCGAAAUAUUUUUCGAAUGCUUCCCUCCACAGCCUUCCUUCUUCUAUGGUCUUUAGCUUUAUUCUCAUUAGUAUUACUCUCUUUACUAUAUUUACUUCGUCUCCUCUUUCACUUUGACAUGGUUAAAAGUGAAUUCUCGCACCAUGUUGGAGUGAAUUACCUUUUCGCCCCAUGGAUUUCGUGGCUUCUUUUGCUUCAAGCUACCCCAUUCUUCAAACCUAAAGAGGUUUAUUUUCUUGUGCUUUGGUGGAUCUUUGUUGUACCUAUAGUGGCACUGGAUAUCAAGAUAUAUGGACAAUGGAUUACGAAGGGGAAGCGCUUCUUAUCAGGAGUUGCGAAUCCCACGAGCCAAUUAUCGGUUAUUGGAAAUUUGGUAGGAGCAAGGGCAGCUGCUAAAAUGGGAUGGAAUGAGAGUGCACUAUUGUUAUUUGCAAUUGGAAUGUCACAUUAUUUGGUACUAUUUGUGACACUAUAUCAGAGGUUGCCAGGAAGUAGUUCAAUUCCAGCAAUGCUAAGGCCAGUAUUCUUCUUGUUCUUGGCUGCUCCCAGCAUGGCUAGCUUGUCAUGGGAUUCUAUUCAUGGAAAGUUUGAUUCUUCAUCCAAGAUGCUCUUCUUCCUCUCCCUUUUCCUCUUCCUUUCACUGAUAUCAAGACCAGCCUUAUUCAAGAGAUCAAUGAAGAAAUUCAAUGUAUCAUGGUGGGCAUAUUCUUUCCCUUUAACAGUGAUGGCAAUAGCAUCAACUAAAUAUGCUCAAGAAAUAAAGAACACUGCUUCCCACAUAUUAAUGCUGCUUCUUUCUGGACUGUCAGUGAUAGUAUCACUUGUCUUGAUGAUUUUUACUGCAUUUAAUUCCAAUUCAUUUUUACCUAGUGAUGGUGAUGAUUCAAUGCACUGCACUAGUAAUAAACGGUUGUCAAUUGUAUAGAAAAGUCAGUCUGGUGCACCAAACUUCCGUUAUGCGCGGAAUCAAAGAAAAGAUCGAAGCACAAGGGUCCAUUGUACGCAGCCUUACAUGGGCACAUGAAAGCAACUUUACCAGUUACUCCAAGGCUCCCUUCACAAUAGUCAAUUUUAUAAUUGAAACUAUUUUUCAAUUAAGUCUUCUUAUGUAUUGUUUUGUUCAAAUUCUUAGAACAAACAUGUACAUACGUAAAAUUAGUAAAGGAACAAGUACUAGUUUAGACAUUCAUUAAUGACUUUGUAAUUUGUAUGUAUUUCUGAUCAAAGACGAUGGAAGUACCUAAAAAAGUUUUGUACGACUUUAUUUUUCCUUGUUGAAAAAAUUGCAUGAUAUAUGAAAAUAGUGCUAUUGGUCUUUAAA